AUGCAUCCGGUUGCUAAAAAAAAUUAUUUAAACAAUAAGCCGUAUGAAAAGUUUGCUCCAAGAUUUUUCAACCGGCAGCAGAGAGGCAAGAUAUCAGUCGACCUAAGCGAUAAAUCAUCAACAUUGCUAACCCAUGAAGCUUGCAAGGACUCCUGGUCAGCUUGGUCGGGUGUCUUGAGCACUCCGCCGGUUACAUCACCGAGCAUGACGAACCUGAACCAAGAACCGCUGGCACACUCGACCAUCAGCAACGAUUUGGGCUCCAUCGUCAACCCGGUUUCUUCCAGUACUUCCCGCUUCACUGCUGCUAUCAGCGACUCAUUCGGCUGGACUCUUCCAGCAGGUAAGUACCAUUUUCCGGCACAAGAUGCCUUUGCUUCUUGA